AUGAAACCCCCCGCCGCCCCUUCGAGGAAUGCCAUUCGCAAGAAACCUCGACCGCAAUCGCAAUCACCCACACCACCUUCAGCAAAUGAAUUCCGCAAGAUAAAGGCACAGUGGUCCAGCGCGAAGGCUCUGGCGGCGGCGGAGGACGAGGAGGAAGCACAGAACGCUGCUGCCGCUGCUGCAAGGCGGAUAACGCAGGGUGCUCCGAUGGGCGAGGAGGGCACUGGUGCAGCUGGACAUGCGGCCAGCGAGGAAAGGCUCAUGAACUCCGCCAAGGAGAGAGAUGCGCGGAGGAAUAAAUUGAAGGAGAGCGUGUUCAAGAUUGAGCAUGCGGGGGUUCUGGGGGUUCUGGGGUGGUUUUUAUUCAUCCAUCUCGUUGGUAUAUUUUUCUUCACUAAGGGGUUCUUAUUGACACGGAUGGUGCUGGAGAAUAAGUCGGAAUGCUCAGUGCUGCCAUUUGAGGGGACGGCGACGGCGAAUUCAUCGCAAAUGGCAACCAGUGCUCAAGGAUGUUGGCACCCGAAAACCUUUGACAAAGCUGUUGUCAUCAUAAUCGAUGCUCUCCGAUAUGAUUUUACUGUCCCCUUCCGACCCACCGUCGAAGGACAACAGCCCCAGUUCUUCCACAACAACCUCCCAGUCCUUCACGAAACUGCCGUGGAGUCACCCGAUCAGGCCUUUUUGCUUCCCUUCAUCGCCGAUCCGCCUACAACCACAUUGCAGCGCCUUAAAGGCUUGACUACAGGCACUUUGCCUACCUUUAUAGACGCUGGCUCGAAUUUUGCUGGCACGGCCAUCGACGAGGAUAACAUGAUCGCGCAACUACAUAGUGUAGGGAAACGAGUCGUGCAUUUGGGAGAUGAUACAUGGCAAUCGCUAUUUCCAGACCUCUUUGAAGCGAAUCUCUCACGUCCGUACGAUUCGUUUAAUGUCCGGGACCUACACACGGUCGAUAACGGGGUGAUAGAGCACCUAUUCCCGCUCCUGCAUGCGGAAAACGCGACGAAGUGGGAUGUUAUCGUUGGCCACUUUCUCGGUGUUGACCAUGCAGGACAUCGGUACGGGCCAAAUCAUGCUGCGAUGGCGGCUAAGUUGCAACAGAUGGAUCGGGUCAUACGCGAUGUCAUGAGGUCCAUUGAUGAGUCGACUUUGCUUGUUGUCAUGGGGGAUCACGGAAUGGAUGGUAAGGGUGACCAUGGCGGCGAGUCGGACGACGAGGUCGAAGCCGCCUUGUGGAUGUAUUCGAAGCGCACGGGCGUCUUUGGGCGGACGAAUGAUAUGAUCCUGGAACCUCCGCGGACGGCAAAGGAGCGGCCAAUCCCGCAGAUUGAUCUUGUGCCGACGCUGGCGUUGCUACUGGGAAUUCCCAUCCCCUUUAACAACCUCGGAUCACCUAUCGAGGAGGCCUUUUCUGCCGCGGGUGGUCGCGACUUGACAGACUUGGUUCGCGUCAAUAGGCUUGCAUCGGCGCAGAUUAAACGUUACCAGCAUGCGUAUGCGCUUGCCAGGGGCGCUGAUGAGACGCAUCCCUCCGGACCCUUGGGGAUCUGGUCUCGUGCGGAAGAAGACUGGAAUUCCAUGUCUCAGCAUCCGCAUCCGAGACACGGGUCUGAUCGAGAUCGGCUGAUUUUAGAGGUAUACAAGUCAUACCGCGAGUAUCAGCGGGAUACGCUGCAUCUUUGUAAGAGUCUGUGGACUCGAUUUGACAUCCCCAGCAUGAUUCAAGGGAUCUUGAUUUCCUUUGCUGGUGUUAUCUUAUUGCUAUGCUAUGCUCGAGGGAUCCGUGGUGACCGCACUGAUCUUUCCUUCCCCACGCUCCGGCGGAUAGGAGUUGGCUCUGGAAUUGGUGUAAUGGGUGGUAUGAUAUUAACAGGAAUGCGGAUUGUCCAAUUAUCCCGCGUUGAAGGGCUCGUGUUUGGGAUAGCUGUGGGCGGAAUUUGUGCUGCGUUGUCAACGGUUUUAUGGGUUCCAAAACGGAUCGUUUCGCCCAUGGCGAAUUCGCUCUGGGCAUGGCUUGCGAUAAUAUUUACGGUGUUGCAGUCUAUCGGGUUUUCAUCCAACUCAUUCACCAUCUGGGAAGACGAGAUAUUAUUGUUCUUCCUAACGACCUUUAGCGUCAUGGCUGCGCUAUCUUCAUUGCGCCAGAAGAAUACGGAAGCUAGGGUACUUGGCUUUUACCAUUCCAUCGUCUUUGUUGUUCUCGGCAGAAUAGCGUCAUUCUCCCGUUUGUGUCGCGAAGAACAGAUGCCCCUUUGUGUCUCGACGUAUUACGCCUCGUCAACGUCAUCUACAUCUGCCUGGUGGCAUCUACUUAUCCCGUUCUUACUAGCAUUAGUUCUUCCGUCCGUCAUCCGUUCUUACUACCAAGGCUCCAAGUCAUACGAAGGCUCUGCAGUAUUCUGGAUCGGCAUCGCUUUCCGCACUGGCCUCUUCAUCGUCGCCGCCUUCUGGACUCUUGACGCUGCCGACGAUGGCGACUGGUUCCCUGCCCUACCCAAAUCCCUGGUUAAAACUACCCGCGUUACUCUCGCUCAGGUCGUCCUAGCCAUCGCUUUCGCCGCCGGCACCACUACCUUUGUCUGGGCCAAACCUUGUGUCAGCAUCUCCAUGACCCCCAACACUGAAACCAACGUCAACAGCCCGGUAGCGCCCGCCUUGAACUCAUCCCCAUCAAAAACAAUAGUGACAAUCCUCGGCUACGCCAAUGUCCACGGCACCCGCUACUCCCUGCUUCUCAUAAACUUCGCCCUUGCUAUAAUCCUACUCCAAAAACCCAUGGGCGGUGGCGCUAUCGGUUUGCAAACCUGGCAGAUAUUCUCCCUGCUCGAAAUCCUCGAUACAAACGGAUUGACGACGAGUAACUGCGCAAUCGGCCCCGUCGUGCUGGGUCUGCUAGGUUCCUUUCAUUUCUUCACAACGGGCCACCAGGCUACCCUGAGCAGCAUCCAGUGGAAAAUCGCAUUUGUGCCGUUGACGACCGUCAAGUAUCCCUGGUCACCACUCAUUAUCACCCUGAAUACCUUUGGUGCGCAGAUCCUCUCCGCCGUCGCAGUGCCGCUGACUGUAUUGUGGAAGCGGCCCAUUGACGCCCGCAGCGGCCUGCUGCCACAAUCCUCAUCCACUCAAGCGCGGCUGCAGCCGGCGUCUCCCACAGCUCCCAGAUCGUCACCCAAGAAUGGCAUGAGCCGACUCCUCUCGGACGUUGCGCAGGCUGCCACAACGCACAUCUUGUAUUAUGCCACGAUAAACCUGGCGACGACGAUGUGGGUGGGCUUGCUGCGUCGACAUCUAAUGCUGUAUCGGAUUUUCAAUCCGCGGUUUAUGAUGGGGGCGCUGGUGUUGGUGGUUGUGGAUGUGGUUGUAUUGUUCGUUUCGGUGGUCGGGGUGCGGUGGAAUACAGUUAGUGUUGCAGAUGUGUUUGGAUGGAGCUAACUUGAAUGGAAAUUUCAGAAGUGGGUUGACUUGUUAAGAGGGCAAUGAGGGUUUUCGUUUCGGGGGAUGAAUUGAUGCUGAUCUGCGCAGAAUAUCCUCCUCCUCCUCCUCAGGUAAUCUAUGCUUGUGUUCUGGGUUCUGGGUCGCCCUUGAGAUAGCUAUCUACCUUCUUUUUCCCUCUGGUUUUUCAUUUUCAUUUCAUUUAUUUAUUUUUAUUUAUCUCUUUUGAAUCCGGCAUUGGGAUCUAACUAUAUACUUAUCAGCGUGUUUAA